UUGCUUUAGAAUAGAAAGCAUUAGUUUUUCUGUGUUGCUUCGCUAUUUAAUGGAUUUCUUUCAUCAUUUCAAUUAAUUUUUACUCUCCUGCAACUUUUCUUUAAAUAUUCACUUCUUUGCUGCUAGAAAGGGAGUUAUUUCAUCUUCAAGAUAGGAUUUUAUGUGGACAAAUUGAAUAGCAAUUUUAAUAUUUUGAUAGUUAAGCCAAAGUAAAUUAAGUUGCCAGUAAAUUGGAAAAGAGUUCAAUAAUUUUUUAGGUUUCUAGUAAAUAACUCUUUAUAAAUAAUGGAUUAAAUUUUUUAAUUUAAAAUAAAUAGCUGCAGAAAACUAGACGUUUCGGAAAUUUCAAGCAGAAUAUUCUAAAAGUAUAAACUUGAAGGAAACUUAUUUAAAGAUUUGGUUUAAUGUCUUUAUAAGAUAAUAAAAUGUGAAUACUAAUUAACAAGAUACUGAAAAAAUGAUGGAAGAUAGUUGAUACAGUUAAAGUAUAAUGUCACCUGUGAUGAAAUUUUCGAAUAUGUAAUUGAUAGAGGCACGCUUUAAAUAACGUACAAGAGUAAAAGUAAUUAAUACAAGUAUUUUUCCCUACAUUUAAAUAACCUAUCAUUGUAACACUAAAAUAUUAUUAAUUGCUGUUUUCAAAUACAUUUUCUAUUAGUUACCGCCCCAAAUCUUACUCGUCUGUAUAAAUUUUCUUUACUCAACUCGCAUGAAAUUAGUUUUUAAGCAAAUAUAAAAAUCAUUAUGUAAGAACUUUAAAAAGUACUUUCUUUUCGAAUAUUUACUUAAGGAUUUUAUGUUAAAUUACGAGAAGAUCAUAUCAUUUUAUGUCGACGAAGUAAUAGUUACAAUCACACAUAACAAUUACAAUAUUUGUUUAAAAAAUAAAAUAUAAAUAUGAAUUUCACGAACUGGAGGAACUCAACCCAUGGGAUGUUGGAUGUAGACGAUUUCAUUGCUUCUGUGUUAGGGCCAAGAAGACUUGCACUAAAUUGGCUCCUACCUCUGACUUCUGUGUAUGCAGUGAUUUUUAGCACCGGUUUGAUAGGAAACGCAUGCACAUGUCUUGUUAUCGCCGGCAAUCCUUACAUGCAGACUGCCACAAAUUGCUAUCUGUUUAAUUUAGCAGUCGCUGACAUGCUGACUCUGUUAUGUGCGAUGCCGUUGGAAAUGUACAGCUUGUGGCAUCAAUAUCCAUGGCAGCUUGGAAGUUGGAUGUGCAUUCUUCGCACAGUGAUGGCAGAGGCUACCGCUUAUGCAUCCAUUUUGACUAUUGUUACAUUCAGCUGUGAGCAGUAUAUUGCAGUAUGCCAUCCUUUGCACCAGACUACUAGGUCGAAAGUGACUAGGGCGUUUCGAAACAUUAUCAUCAUCUGGAUAGUUUCUUUUGCUGCAGCGGCACCUUAUGGCUUGUUUACGAAAGUCAACUAUCUCUCAUUGGGUCCAGAUGAAGAACCACUACUCGAAUCGGCAUGGUGCGGAUUUCCUUUCAACGAUCCAAACAGAGAAUGGGAAACCCUUAUGCUGUGCUCUACUUUCCUGUUUUUCGUGGUACCUAUGACCUUGAUAUCUGUUCUGUACUUCAGAAUCUCCAUAACUCUACAUAGAGCAAGAAACAUGCAUCGAGCAGAAACGGUCAGUCAAAACAGAACUGAUGGACAAAGAGCAAGAAUUCAGUCAAGAAGGAUUGUGAUACGCAUGCUCAGUAAGUAAAUAUCGUACUUCUGCAUCGACAGACUGGAGGCUAUCAUAAGAAAUAUAUUAUAACUAAUUGCCAGCCUUAAUUUUCAUUAUAUAUCUAGAUCUGAAUUAAAGUUUAA